AUGGCCGCCAAGCGCCGCGGAGCGGGCGCGCCGCCGGGGGCGAAGCGCGGGAAGCGGGAGGCGCGCGCCGAGCUGUGCGCGGCCCUCGGGGACGCGGCGCUGCGGGAGCGCGCGGGGGCGGCCUGGGCCCGCGGGGAGCGGCUGCAGCACGAGGCGGCGGCGCUGGAGCCGGCCCCGUUCCGGCACGCCGUCAUCCCCGGGUUCCUGGCGGGCGCGGCCUUCGCGGAGGCGCUGCGGGACGAGCUGCUGGGCCUCGGCUUCCACGGGCGGCACAACGACCUCCUCUCGCUGCGGCAGUCCGAGGAGCUGGGGGCAAGCCCGGAGCCCCACAUCGCAGCGCUGAGGAAUGCUCUCUGUGAAGAAUUCCGACCGUGGCUUUCUGCUGUGACCCAGAUAGAGCUGGAGCCAACUAUUGACAUCUCUUGUGCUAAAUAUGAGUAUACUGAUGUGUUGCUGUGCCACGAUGACGAGCUGGAAGGUCGGAGAAUCGCCUUCAUCCUGUACCUCGUCCCAGCCUGGGAGAGCAGUGACGGGGGAACGCUGGACCUGUUCUGCACAGACGAACACCUUCAGCCACAGCACAUCACCAAGUCAUUAGUACCUUCGUGGAACACGCUGGUUUUCUUUGAAGUGUCUCCAGUCUCUUUCCACCAGGUGUCAGAGGUUGUGUCGCGGAAGUGCCGCCUGUCCGUGAGCGGUUGGUUCCACGGCCCGGCCAUGCCCAGACCCACACGCCACGCUGAAGCUCCCUUGCCCAGGAGCCCCCACAUCCCCUAUGAUCAUGAAAUACUGUAUGAGUGGAUCAAUCCAGUUUAUUUGGACAUGGACUCCCAAGCUCAAAUCCAGGAGGAAUUUGAGGAACGAUCAGAAAUUCUCCUGAAAGACUUUCUUAAGAAAGAGAAAUACCAACUACUCUGUGAAGCGUUGGAGAACAAAGAGAUCCAGUGGAGCAGUCGGGGGCCUGCCAAUAAAAGGCUCUAUGAGGCAGCAGAGGAGGUCAGCCUCCCUGACACCCUGAAGAAAUUCCUGCAGCUCUUACGCUCCGAGGCCUUGUUUUUGCUGCUUUCCAACUUCACUGGCUUAAAGCUGCACUUCCUGGCUCCCUCUGAUGAGGAUGAAGAUGCUGGGGAAGGACGAGCAGCGGACACUGCUGGGCACAGAAGUCCCAAACCUGAGCAGGAAGAAGCUGAACAACAUGCUGAUGGCAAUCCCUGUGAGCCAGAGCAGCCUGACAGCUCUGGUGAAGCACAGGAUGGCGAGACACGGAGCAGCUCGGGUGCCCCGGUGUGUGCGGGGGAGCUGCGGCGCUGGACCCACGGGCACUACACUCUGGUCCACGACACUCAAGCAACAGAGUUUGCUCUCGACCUGCUCUUCUUCUGUGGCUGUGAGGACUGGGAUCCUGAAUAUGGUGGCUUUACCUCCUACAUUGCCAAAGGUGAAGAUGAAGAGCUGUUGACAGUGAAUCCAGAGGACAACUGCUUGGCCUUAGUUUACAGAGACAAAGAAACUAUGAAGUUUGUGAAAUACAUCAACCAUCGUAGCUUGGCACGCCUGAACAAGCAUCCAAACAGAACAGGAUUUUGGGAUUUUUCCUUUGUCUAUUACGAGUGAUGGUGCAGAGUGUGACACUGUCACAGGAGAUGGUGGUGGGUGGUGGGCAGGUUCCUGUCCAGGCAUUCAGCUGGGACCUAAGUGCAGACUGCAUACUGUGGGGUCCAGGUGGCUUUUUUACCUGUACAAAUGAAAUUCAGUCUCCUCCCAAGUCCAUUGCAACACACACCCUGAACUGCUUUUAAUGCUAUGUGGAGAGGGUUGUCCCACAGCCAUCAGCUUUCCAGCUGUGCUCUCAUGGGAGCAGCACAGUGGUGUCUCUGAGCUGUCAGGGAGAGAAUUACAACUGUACAUUGCCCCGAGCUGAUGACUGGUUUUAUUAAAAAAGAAAAAAAGGAAA